AUCAACAGCAAUAUAUUUUCAAAUUAUUGAACAUUUCAAAUCAAAAUUAUUAAACGAAUUAAAUAAUGGCAAUAAUAUUAUAUCAUCUAAGUCAACAAAUAUCAACAAAAAUGGUAUCCAUAUUAUUGUUGGUCAAUAUAUGGGCAAAGGUUAUCCAUGGAUCAAUCAAAUCAACCUGACAGAUGAUUUAUUAAAUGUUAACAAUUAUUCACCGUUACCGAAUUAUGGUGAAAAUGGAUCUCCCGUUUACGUGCCAAAAAUGGAUCAUACACAAGCUAAACGUUUAUUUGCCAUUAAUCAAUUUAAUAUUGUUGCUAGUGAUAUGAUUUCAGUCAAUCGUUCUUUGCCAGACAUUCGGAAACAAGCAUGUCGUGUGAAAAAAUAUCCAGAAAAUUUGCCAGAUACCAGUAUAAUCAUUGUUUUUCACAAUGAAGCUUGGUCAACAUUGGUUCGAACUGUUCAUAGUGUCAUUCUACGUUCUCCACAUCGAUUAAUCAAUGAAAUAAUAUUGGUCGAUGAUGCCAGUCAAAGAAAGUUUCUUGGUCAUGAACUUGAUGAAUAUAUGGAUAAAUUAUCAAAAGAAAUGAAAAUUCCAAUCAAAAUUCUUCGUUCCAUGAAUCGAAUUGGUUUAAUCAGUGCAAGAAUAAUGGGAGCAAAUUUUGCCAAAGGACAAGUGCUUUCAUUUUUGGAUGCACAUUGUGAAGCAACUAAUGGAUGGCUUGAACCGUUACUACAUCGAAUUUUGAUUGAUGGAAAAGUAGCUAUUUGUCCAGUGAUUGAUAUAAUCAAUGAUCAAAAUUUUGCUUAUGUUCGAAGUUUUGAAGCUCAUUGGGGUGCAAUGAAUUGGGCUCUAAAUUUUCGUUGGUUUUCGGUUGGUCAUGCCGAAUUGAAACGAAUGCAUAAAAAGAAUUUCGAUUCAACUCAAUCAUUUCGUACGCCAAUAAUGGCCGGUGGCCUAUUUUCAAUAAGACGAGAUUAUUUUUUCGAAUUGGGUACCUAUGAUUCUCAUCUACAAGUAUGGGGUGGUGAAAAUAUUGAAAUGUCUUUACGUAUUUGGCAAUGUGGUGGAAAAGUAGAAAUUGCUCCCUGUUCACAUGUUGGCCAUGUUUUUCGAAGUUCAUCACCAUAUUCGUUCGGAAAGAAACAGGUCGGCGAUGUACUUUAUGGUAAUCUUAUUCGAGUGGCUGAAGUUUGGCUUGAUGAUUGGAAAAAUUUUUUCUAUAAUAUGAAUCCUACUGCUAAACAAAUACUUCAUCAUGAUCGAAAUGAAAUUCUAAAAGAUAUAGAGAAAAGAAUCGAUCUUCGAAAGAAACUUAAAUGUCAUUCUUUUAAAUGGUUUUUAGAAAAUGUUUGGCCCGAGAAUUUCUUUCCAAAUACAAAUAACACUUUUGGACAAAUUCAAAGUUUUUACAGCAAAGAAUGCAUGCAAAGACCAUCAAAUGGUGUACAUCCAAUUGGAAAAGUUAUCAUGACAAAAUGUUCCAUAGAAAUUUAUGGUCCACAAAGUUUUAUCGUUCCAUCAAAAGGUAAAAUAGGAUUUAUUAAAUCGGAUGAAUCUGUUUGUAUUGAUGCAAAUUCUAAGAAAACAAAUACAUCAAUUUUAUUAAUUGGUUGCAAUCAAUUAGAACGACAAAAAUGGCGAUACGAUUCCAAAUUCAAGCACAUAAUUCACGUUAAAAGCUCUUUAUGCAUUACUAUUGAUCGACAAAAAACAACUCUUUUAUUGGCAAAAUGUUUACAGAAUAAUAAGAGACAAGCAUGGAAAAUUAUUUCACAGAACUGGAAUAAACAUUAAAUGAAAUUGACUCGAAAAAAAUAUUGUGAUAAUUUUUAUUGACAAUCAUUUUUUUAAAU